GCAAAAAAAUUGGAACUAAACAACGCCUUCGUAUAAAACAAAGCCAAUAUUCUGAUUCCUCUUGUGCUGCAAUCCCUCCAACAAGUCCAGCAAAAAGAGCACACUGUUGGCCUCGUCCAUCGUCAAUGGCUGCCGCAACCAUGGUCUUCCUUCCGUGCUGGGGAUCCGGUCACUUCAUGUCCAUGAUCACGGCCGGCAAGCGGAUGCUCGACGCCAGCGGCGGUGCCCUCUCUUUGACCGUGCUGGUCAUGCAGGCCCCGACGCCAGCCAAGGCGUCCGAGGUCGAGGACCACGUGCGCCGUGAGUCAUCGUCCGGCCAUGACAUCCGCGUCAUCAAUCUCCCCGCCGUCGAGCCGCCGACGACCGACUGCGUGGCCCCCGAGGAGUUCACCUUCAGGUACAUCCAGCUCCAGGCUUCCCAUGUCGAGGAGGCCAUAGCCGGGCUAUCGUCCCCGGUGACCGCCAUCGUCUUCGAUCUCUUCUGUACGCCCCUGCUCGACGUGGCCGGCGACCUCGCCGUGCCGCGGUAUGCGUACUUCGCCUCCACGGGCGCGUUCCUCGCGCUCACGCUGCGCCUUACGCUGGCGGGAAUCCGCGAGGACCUCAUCGUCAGGCUCAAGCAGACGGAAGGCACGGUGGACGUGCCGGGGCUGCCGCCGGUGCCUGUGUCCUACAUGCCGGCGUGCCUGUCGGGCAGUAAGAUCGGCAACUGCGAGUGGUUCGAGUACUGCGGGCGCCGCCUCAUGGACACCAGCGGCAUCAUCAUCAACUCCUCGGUCGAGCUGGAGCCGGGGGUUCUCACCGCUAUCGCGGACGGCCGCUGCGUGCCGGGCCGCCCGGCUCCGACCGUCUACGCCAUCGGCCCGGUGAUCUGGUUCGCCGCCGCGCCUGAGCAUCAGCAGCCGCACGCGUGCGUCCAGUGGCUCGACACGCAGCCGUCGGGCUCAGUCGUGUUCCUCUGCUUCGGAAGCAACGGGGUCCUGGACGCAGCGCAGGUCAGGGAAGUCGCCGCUGGCCUGGAGCGCGGCGGUCACCGCUUCCUUUGGGUGCUGCGGGGCGCGCCGGCCGGCGGCUCGCGCCACCCGACGGACGCCGACCUGGACACGGCGCUCCCCACGGGGUUCCUGACGAGGACCCGGGGGCGCGGGCUCGUGUGGCCUGCCUGGGCGCCGCAGAAGGAGAUCCUGGCCCACCCGGCCGUCGGCGGCUUCGUGACCCACUGCGGUUGGAACUCCAUCCUGGAGAGCCUGUGGUUCGGUGUGCCGAUGCUGCCGUGGCCGCUCUACGGAGAGCAGCACCUGAACGCGUUCGAGCUCGUGAGGGAGAUGGGCGUCGCCGUCCACCUCAAGAAUAUGGACGUCACCGAGGCGGACAUGGUCGUGGAGGCAGCCGAGGUGGAGGCGGCGGUGCGGGGCCUGAUGGGCGGGACAGAAGGAGGCAGGAAGGCCAAGGAGAAGGCCGCGGACAUGAAGGACGCGUGCCGGAACGCCGUGGUGGAGGGCGGGUCCUCGUACGUUGCGCUUCGGGAGCUCAUGCGCGGUCUCUGCCCCGGCGGGGUGGCACCAUCGCCGUGACGGCUGGGGAGGUUCGCUGUUUUACGGUCGAAAAUGGGCCGUCGGCAUGCGUCGUGAUCAGUUUGGUGCGAUGUUUGUAACAGGACACACACCACAUAUUAGUCAGUCAGGCGCGUUAAAAAUCUAGAUAACCUUCGGGCGGCAGUGCGAACACGUGUGGAACAAUGAGCACUACCAUAGAUUGCUCAUCACCACCGGAUCUAAAUCCCUCUCCACAUCACCGUCGGUUAUCGCCGUCGUUUAUGAAAGUUGUCGGUGAUAACCUCGAUUAUCAUUGCCAGUUUUGCGUGAUAAAUUUCAUGAUUGCCAGAUCAACGUUUGGUCUAGCAAUGAUGUCGUUACCAUCCUUCGUGGUGUCGACUUAGGUCUGGUUUAGUCCCAAAAA